AUGCUUUCCCACUUUCUACUUCUUGCUCUGCCUCUGCAGGCACUCGCCCAGGUGACGGGUACGGCCACUGGUUUCGCCACGGGCGUUACUGGUGGAGGUGAUGCGACGCCAGCCAUCCCAUCAGAUACCGCAGAACUCGAGGAGUGGCUGACCGAUGAUACGCCCAGGGUCAUCAUGCUCGACAAGACCUAUGAUUUCCUCGAGGCCGAAGGUACUGCUACUGAGACAGGUUGCGUGCCCUCGAGCAACACCUGCGGUUCCUCUGGACAAAACGCCCUCGACGGUCCUAAUUGGUGCAGUGAUGACUACGAAUCCAUAGAGGUCACGUACUAUGUCGCGCCCACUACACCCAUCGACAUCAAGGGCAACAAGAGCAUUGUAGGCGUGGGUGACAAGGGUGUCAUCCGAGGCAAAGGUAUUCGCCUUGUGUCAGAUGCAACCAAUGUCAUUAUUCAAAAUGUUCACUUUACCGAACUCAACCCUCAAUACAUUUGGGGUGGUGACGCUAUUCAGAUGUCGGGUACUGACCUGGUCUGGAUUGACCAUUGCAAGUUCUCCUUGAUCGGACGUCAAAUGAUUGUGUCGGGCUACGAGACGGCUGGCCGUGUGACCAUUAGCAACAAUGAGUUUGACGGCGAAACCUCGUGGUCCGCUUCCUGCAACGGUGAGCACUACUGGACAAUGCUCUUCCUCGGUGCCGGCGACCAGAUCACGCUGGCCAACAACUACAUUCAUGACGUCUCGGGCCGCUCCCCCAAGCUCGGUAGCGAUACGGCCGUCACCAUGCACGCUGUCAACAACUACUGGCUCGACAGCGACGGCCACAACUUUGACAUUGACGGCGCCAACGUCCUCAUGGAGGGCAAUGUCUUUGACAAUUGCAAGACGCCCAUUCUCGAGGUCGUGGGUAACCUGUACAACGUCCCCGACUCUAGUGCCGCGUCUGGCUGCUCCUCGACGCUCGGCCGCGCGUGCGUGCAGAACAGCUUGACCUCGAGCGGAGACUUUGACAGCUAUACUGACAGCGGCGCGCUGUCCGCCUUUGCUUCCGUCGACAAUCUUCAAGAGGCCAUGGCCGUGGACGAGGUUGCCGCCUAUGUGCUCGCCAAUGCCGGCAUCGGAAAGCUUUCUGGUAGCGCAAGUACUUCCACUGCUGCGGCGGCGACCAGCACCAAGGCUGCCGUCGCUACUUCAAGCGUGGUCGCAGAGGCCUCGUCUACUCUGAGCACCAAGGUCACGACUUCUGCCGCAGCCACUUCCAAGGCCACAUCCACUUCCACUUCCUCAAAGGCUGUGACUGCGACCUCGAGUAAGGCGGCUGCUGCUGCGACGACGGCAGCCUCCUCAUCCGGCAGCAUUGCUCUUUACGCCCAGUGUGGAGGACAGGGAUGGACUGGCUCCGGAAGCUGUGUUUCGGGGACGACAUGUAAGCAGUGGAACGACUGGUAUCACCAGUGCGUGUCCGAGUAA